CACAAAUCUGUAGUGAACAGUAUCAGUCUGUUGCCUAUCGCUUUUAAGAUUAAAAUUUAUCAGAAUCUAUCAAAAUCUAUAAAAUCUAUCAACAAGCAGGACUAUGUAAAUUUGGUACCAUUUGGUCCUGAAGUUGGGGAUCAAAAAGUCCAUCCAGGCAUGUUGACAGCAGGACAAACUAUUGAUUUGCAUAUGUAUUUUCCAUAUUAUGGUGGACUAUACAAUUAUUCCACUUUAUCAGUAAAUGGCUAUAUAGCAUUUGCAACAGUUCUCGACCAAGGACCAACAAUAAAUGUCGGCGUUGAUAGUACCGAUUGGCCGAAACAGCAGGACCCGGCAAUGAUUGCACCUUAUUUAUGUAAACAGCAGAUCGCUCAAAAUCCAAGUCCCGGAAUGCGAACGGGAGUUUAUUAUCGACUAAUUCUUCGUCAAUCAUUAUUUGGUCGUGGCUCAGGUAGUAAUUUGAAUUUUGGUGGAACAAUGCAACAAUCAUCAUUUUUCGGUCAAUCGGCAAGCCAGGCAUGUCCAAGCACGUCGGAUUCAUAUGUACGUUGUGAUCAGACAAGUGAUUUUUUUUUGGAUGAAAUGAUGCGUUGGUUGCAAGAAGGUGUUGCGGGUGCUGCAGCAUUUCGCGCUGAUGCUGCAUUAGUCGUUACAUGGUAUAAUACGGCUUCUGCAGUUUCUGGUAGAUCGGAUAUCGAUGCUGGCCAACUAGCUACAUAUCAAGUGAUAUGGUUAACCGAUCAGCCCGGUCGACUUAGUUAUGUUAUUUUGAAUUAUGACAAACUUGGAUUUGAUGCAGCAGAUUUUCGUGCAAAUUCGCGAAGUGGUCGUUGUCAGGCACUUUUCAACGGUGGUAAUCAUACGGGUACAGUCCCAGUUGAUCCGUCUUUCAUGUAUAAAAAUACGCCAAAAGUGUUGGCUCAGCGGUCUGGAGUUCCACAUAUGGUUAGAGGACGAUAUAUGUUCCGAGUAGAUGAUGUUGUUCGACCAGCCGGCUGUUCAAACAAAACAGGAGGAACAUUUCCAAUGCUAAUUUAUCCGAAUAUUGUAAAUAUGUUGGGCGAGAUGAGUGUCGACGUGAAUGCAAUAUGCUUGGAUCGAGCUCAGACGUAUAUUCUCAUGAUUGAACAACGCCAAACAGCAUCAUGUGUUGUAUUGAAUCCAGCAAUCGCUCGUUGUCACCUUCCAAAAAUAUAUGAUUGGGGAACGAAAACAGUUUAUUUUCAACCUCAAAGCGGUGGUGCGAAUGAUGAGAAGGCCUUUGUUGGUUAUAUUUAUUUCGUUCCGCCCACGUUGGAUCCAAUGCGAUUAGAUAUUGGAAAUAUAUACGAUUGGUUUAAAAAUCCAAUACAAUAUCAGGUAAUGCCUAUUUCAUGGUACCCUCGAAAUUUCACUAAUCCUAAUCUAAAUAUAAUGGAUCAGAAUUUCCGGAUUAGUGAUGAUACUAUUUAUGGUGUUGAAUUAGGAUUAUAUGUGAUUGGAUAUAAAGAAUCUUUGGAUGAUAAGAUAAAAAAAUUCCGACCAGAGCAUCGCACUUUGUGCCGACUUGCUAGAUAUUCGAAUCGUAAUGCAAUGGAAUAUAGGUGGAAACCGCAAGAAGAACAAAUUAAUAUUUAUCAAGUUGAACGAUGGUAUUUAAAUGAUUGGGAGAAAAUGAACGAUCUUUUCACAUUUCGUUUCGGUUAUUUAAAAUUAGCACCACUGAAGCCAAAUGAUGAUAGCGGAAUCGAUCUUCCUUCAGGACUCGUAUCUGCACCAAUAUCUCUUCAUUGGUUAUGGACUAUAAAUAAUCCACAAUUUUCGACAACUACAUAUUCACAAUUAGAUGCAAAUAGUCGUAAAGAAUUCGUUCGUAAGAAAUCUCUUCAAAUGUGCCAUGAUUGGUAUGACGAGGAUGGAGCGCAGUGGAAUUUCAUUCGCGAUACUGAGACUAACGCUUCUUGCCCAUGUGUUGAGAGUCAAGCGAAAAUGGAUCUUGGACGAUUCAUGCCUCAUCCAAGAUGCUCACAGGUGUUCAGAGAUAUCACUUGCACCUCAAUGAUUGGUGCAAAGAAUUGUUAUAUGUCAGCGCAAAAUAUUUAUGGAUCAUAUGCUGGUGAUGGAUAUCAAACACAGUCAAGCGAACAGACUGCGCGAUUUCCUACUCAUUAUGGGCAAGUAUGUUGUUAUGAUAAAGAAGGUAAAUUAAUGCAGACAAGUUAUCAGCCAGUCGUCAAAAUAAUCGAUGAAACCCCAUAUAAUCCUGGAUAUCCACUGCGUGCUUAUGAAUUCGGAACACAUCCAUAUAUGGGGCAGUUUGAGGUACCUGGUUUGUCCGCAUUUCAUCAUGAUUACAUGCCAUAUUUCCUUUGCUGUAAAUUUGCUGAAUUUCGCUGCCAACUUUUCUACUGGAGACGGCCGAGUAGCGGUUGCCAGCAAUAUCAGCCACCUGCAGUUGGUCAUUCAAUGGGUGCAGGAUCAUUUAAUACAAUUGAUAAUGAAAAAUUCGUAUUCAAUGAACCAGGUGUUUAUACUUUACUAUAUAUACCAAAAACAUUGAUGAAUCCAGAAGUUAGGAUUCAAGUUCGGUUGGAACGUUAUCCGAAUCGUAAAAUUGAUUUCAGUUUACUUGGACGUUAUAUUGGGCAAGCCGAUCUAGUUCAGCCAACUAAUGCAACCGUAAUUACUGGUAUUGUUAUUGAGGCGACGGGUACGGAUCGAGUUCACGUUUUAGCUCGAAAAGACACUCGCAGAUUUCGUUAUCGCACAAGUGUUAUUGUUGGUAAUAUUCUGCGAUAUUUUGAUACAAUGCGACUUCAAAGAUUUAAAGGUGUUCUCGUAUAUGUGAAUAAUGUUGAGCGAGGCCAACCAGAAGUUUACGUUGUUCUUGAAGAAGCACAAAUAGGAGUUCGAAUCCGCGAAUCUUAUUCAGUUGAUAUAGAUCGCUUGCCUAUGUAUCAAGAAAGCAUGGGAAUGCUAGAUAUCGCUCUUAGCGUUCCUCCACAAUAUGGCGUUCGCCCAGAUGGAGAUAGAACUCGUGAACAGGUAUUACGGCAACGUUUCAAUCUUCCACGCGUUUCUGGUUUAAUGCGACCCUUCCCUGAUCAAUCAUCAGCAUCAUUCUUAAGCGGACUCACUAUUAACGAUGUUAAUUCUGAAACCUAUCGUCAACAAAUAAUUAACAAUUAUCGAAUUCCGGGUAGCGGUGAACCGGGUUCUGAUCAAAACGUUGCUGGUGUACUUCAAUGGAAUAUUCCAUCAGACAAUAUGUUCACAACAAGUCGUGAAGAGGAUAAAAAAUUCGAAGUAUUUCCUGAGGCAUCAAUGAAAAGCGGUCCUAUUUUUAAAACUGCAGAAGAAUAUGAAACUGGUCCCUAUCGUUUUGUUCCUCGAACUGGUCAAAUGCUUAAUCAGUUAUUGCAAACAUGUCGUGAUCUUCAACGAAAUAAACAAACCGAUCUUCAACCACUACAAAGUAGUUUAACUGAACGAUUUGGAAUGACUCAAUGUCCAGAUAAUCCGAGUCAAAUUAUACAGGAAUGUGGUGAUAGUGUUCCAUGUUUAUAUGACUAUACGAUGCUUAACGCUAGAAUUCUUGGAAUGGAAAUACAAAACUCGUGGAAUGCUUUUAUAUAUGAAAGAUUGGAAGCAACUCGCCACUAUAAUAGCUGUGGACCAAUAAAUAUUGAAUAUCCGGAAUAUUUGAUGAAGACGCCAUCAUUAUCAUCAGGAUAUAUGGAAGGCGAUGUGGCACGAUUUGAUUGCUUUCAAACACACUGGAUUAAAGGCGACAACGAAUAUAAAUGCAGUCUUGUUGUGGAUUAUAAUAAUCCGAGUAACUAUCGAUUCGAAUGGAAUAAAGGAUCACAGCCUUGGUGCCGUUCUCGUGAAAAAGAUAAUCUAUUUAAAUGGCUUACAGCAAUUUUCUCUACGACAGCUAUUAUUAUGGUGUUUUUAUGUUUUUGGUGCGUGAAACAAAAGCGAAUUAAAGAUGCUGAGGAACGUGGAUCGUCAGUUUAUAAAGCACCAAUUCGUGGUCCAGUGGUAUAG